UCACACUGAACGGCACGCUGAGCUGAGCGUACAGAAGCAGCGCUGUGAUUGGUCGCCGGUGGACAGCGCGUGGCAGCGGUGGAGUGGCGCGUGUGAGCCGGUGUGUGUGUGUGUAAAAGAGCGUUAAUAACGUGACGUCAUCAGGCUAACGAUCUCACACACACGUGUGACAGCUGGUUAAUGUUGUUGGGAAUCACCGCUGCUGUUUCCUGUAACAGUGUGUGUCACACCCUUCUGACUAUGCUGAGUGUCUCUGCUGUGCUGCUGAUUGCAGCAUUUGGUGCAACUGUGUGUUCCACUAACUCCAACACACACACACCCCGACACGGACACGACACAAACCUGGAGAUUUAUAAACGUCUUUUUGAGGUGAAGAGAAAGGAUCAGCUCAACGCGCUGAAGAACCUGGUGGAUCUGAACGAUGUUAAUCAGCAGUACAAAAUUAUUGACAUCAUGCUAAAGGGGCUCUUUAAGGUUCUAGAGGACUCCCGAGCUGUUCUAGUAGCUGCUAAUCUGCAGCCAGAUGAUCCAUUUCCUCAGGAUGAUAAAAUAAAAGAGGCGUUCUCUCAUGUGGUGGAGAACACGGCAUUUUUCGGUGACGUAGCUCUGCGCUUCCCGCGUAUUGUCCAUCAUUACUAUGACCAUAACACUGAGUGGGGGAAGACGCUGCGCUGGGGGCUGAGCUUCUGUAACCAGUCUGGUGUGUUUAACGGAGGAGGUCAUCAACAAGUCCUCUCACUGAUGUCUCAGGAGCUGGGAAUAACACAGAAAUCUCCAGACUUCAUUAACCCUUACCGUACAGAGAAAGAUGAUGUGCUCCACACUGCAGAGGCCUUCCAGAAGAUUCUUCGUGAAGAACAGAAGCGCAGGAGGAAGGAGGACAAGAGGAAAGAGAUGAGGAAAGGGCCUCGUAUUUCACGCUCUCGCUCUGAACUCUAACACAACACCCCCUGCUGGUAAUCAGUGAGAAUAACACAGAGAGAGAGAUCUGAGUCACAGCUACAUCAGGUGUAGAUGAGGUAGAGGAGCAGGUGAGUGACAGAACAGAGAGAUGAAGAGGAAAAGACAGAAUUUACAAUCUGAGUGACGCUGUGACACUUUAUUAAAGUUUAAUACUGUUUCAGUUUAAUGCUGAGACCCAAUAAAUAACAUGAAUAAUGUAAAAGAAAUAGAAUGAGCUUUAUUAUAUUGUAUAAUUACAGUUAUCUUUAUAAUGCUUAUGAUUACAUACAUUGUGCUGUGUGAGUAGUGAGUGUGUAACAUGUGGCUUGUGUUCUAGUUCUGUGUCCAACACCUACACCCAACACUGUGCUGUGUUAAUUACAUCUAAUCAUCAUUAACUAACUCACUGUACACACGAGCUGAUACACACAUGAGCUGGUACACACCCCAUACACACAUGAGCUGAUACACACAUGAGCUGAUACACACCCCAUACACACAUGAGCUGAUACACACCCCGUACACACACGAGCUGAUACACACCCUGUACACACAUGAGCUGAUACACACAUGAGCUGAUACACACCCCAUACACACAUGAGCUGAUACACACCCCGUACACACACGA